AAAAUAUAUAAAGUUUCGUCACUAUUGCUCGCUAAAAGUAUAAAGCUAAAAUGCAAGAAAAAAAUACAAGGACGGUAUUUUACCAAAUACUCUUUGCCUUUUCUUUAGAUUCUUUCUGCAAAUCCUUCCUCCCAACUUUAAGUAUAAUGGCUUCCAAAAUAACAUCUGCAAUUAUAAAUCCCAGCUUGACGCAUAAAGCAACUGUCAUCUUUUUUCAUGGCCUUGGAGAUUCUGGUUACGGAUGGUCAUUUAUGGCAGAGCAGUUCAAAUCGAUGGGUCAUGUAAAAUGGAUAUUUCCUAAUGCACCGACCAUUCCCGUCACAGCAAACAAUAACUUCAAAAUGCCUGCUUGGUUUGAUAUUUAUUCUCUUGAAAAUUUGAACAAACAAGAUGAAGAAGGGAUUCUUCAUUCUGUAAGCAUACUUCACCAAUUAAUAGACGCUGAAGUUGCUGCAGGAAUUUCCAGCGACAAAAUUUUGAUCGGUGGGUUCUCUCAAGGUUGCAUGAUUUCCCUCUUUGCAGGAUUAACUUAUCCAAAACGCUUAGCUGGUAUCAUGGGCCAUUCUGGCUUUCUCCCACUCGAGCACAAGUUUCCAGAGUCUCUUUCGGAUGCAGCUAGAAGCAUUCCUAUUUUCCUGGGUUAUAUGAGAGAUGAUCCCAUUGUCCCUUCCGCUCUCUCAAAUGCUUCUGCAGAACAUAUGAAACAAAAGCUCCAUUUGAAGUGUAUGAAUAAUCCUUACGAUGGGGAUAUGCAUUCUCCGUCUCCAGAAUCUUUCAUUGACAUGUACAAAUUUGCUCUUUCUACCAUUGGAUCCUCUUAGCCAUUUGAUUUGAUCGUUUGAUAGACUCAGUUGUAAUAUCUAUAUCUCUUUCGUUGACAUGUUGAAUCAGUAAAGGCAAAUCAAUAAAUAUUUAAAAAGAUAUGGAGUAUCGUUAAAUUAAAUUUAAAAGAGAA